ACGCGCGAGGCCGCGUCGCACGCACUGUCAGUUCCGUUCAGUUUCGCUCGGAUAUCCGCGCCACGAGAGUGACCUUCGCGUCCGAGGACCGGCUGCCAGCCAGACCGUCGCCGCCGACACGAGCAGAGGCAGAGAUCAUCGCACCCCAAUCUCCGGAGUAGAGAGGUCGUCGAUCGUCACUGAGAGUGAUCAACGAACGAGGCGCUGUCACGCGACUCGGGGACGCUGGAGUGUCCUGGAAGCGGUGAAACAGGAGAGACAGACACACCUGCUCCUGGGAAACGGGAAGGAAGCCGCAUUUCUCAGCCAGGAUCUAACUGUCACCCCCGUCGCCGGGGGAAAGUACGCGGAGAAGAGUGCGCGGAGGACGGUAGCGGGUCGAUUUCCCGGUCGGCGAGACGCGUGUUCGUAUACUGCCGGCACCGCGACAGGUCCCCGUGCUCGCCCGUCGGCCGUCGGCGCCGAGCGGCGAUGAGUGACGGCGAUCGCACUGCGAUUUCGCCGAGAGUGCGAUAAGGCGAGGAGCGGCGGCGAGGAACAGGAGGAAAAGGAAGAGCGGGAGAAGUUUGAGGAAAGCAAAGAAAACGGCAACGGGAGGAGGCGAGAGGAUUUCAAAGGAGAUGAUGCGCGUAUCACGCCCCGUCGGCGCUUUUCAAUUACGCGGAUCUAGAUCGUGAAGCUAUUAGCGAAUUAAGCGGGCCGAGCGAGCGGGAGAGCGAAGGAGAGACGAGGAGAGAGAGAGAGAGCGAGAGAGAGAAAGGGAGAGAGAGAGAGAGAGAGAGAGAGAGAGAAACCAAGCGGGGACUAUGCGGGUCGCCGAACGCUACAGCGAAAAAGGAAAGUAACGAUCGCGCCGGCGAUCGCGUCGCGAUGAAAUUGUGUCAGGGUGGACUGCGAGUCGUGAAGUAAACCGUUGGAAUCGCGUGAGCGACAACAAAACUCUGCCAUGGGGCGCGGAAACGGGAAAAAGCCGGAGCCGUCGACUCGGCCAUCGACGACCGUCGACGUCGUCUUCUGGUUCUCUUGACUCUCUCUCCCUCUCUCUCCCUCUCCCUCUCUCAUACGCUGUUUCUCUCCUAUCUCUCUCUCUCUCUCUGUGUCUGUCUCCUCCACCCGUUCUCCCUCGGGCUCGCUCACUCCAGCAAGCGCUCGUUUCCGGCACGUUGCACCGAUCUCCGCGGGUCAAGUGCGAAACUCGCGCGCUCCGCCACUUUCGCGGCACCGGCGGAAGUCAGUCGAUCGACGACCGUCCGGUGGUCGUCCCUCAGAGUCGAUCGGGACCAUCGACUGCGGCGGAUCGGACCAGCGGCAGAUAGAUCAUCGAGCAACGCGCGCCCCGGAACGACUAUGAGAGAGAAACCAUGAGGUGUCUAAUGCUGACCCUCGGUCUGCUGGUCACGGUGCAAGGACCUGCCCGUUGCACGGCGGACCGCAGGAUACACGAGGAUCGCGCGUCGGAGCCGCUCGACCGGGGGCCGUACUUCGACGUCUCGGCCUCCCGCAACGUGACGGCUCUCGUCGGCAAAACGGCCACGCUGAACUGCCGAGUGCGGAACUUGGGCGAUCGCACGGUGUCAUGGGUGAGGCAUAGAGAUAUCCAUCUUCUGACCGUGGGCGUCGAGACGUACACAUCCGACCAGAGAUUCGUCGCGUCGCAUUUUCCUCGCACGGAGGACUGGACGCUACAAGUGAAAUACCCACAACGGCGGGAUUCCGGCACAUACGAGUGUCAGGUGUCCACGACGCCGCCCAUAGGUCACUCCAUGCAUCUCUCCGUGGUCGAACCCGUAACGGAGAUUAUCGGGGAGUCAGAGAUGUAUAUAAACAAGGAGAGCACUAUGAACCUGACCUGCGUGGUACGACAUAGUCCUGAGCCACCCCUGACCAUUUAUUGGACUCACGAUCACGAGGUGAUCAAUUAUGACAGUCCGCGGGGCGGGGUAUCGGUUAUCACGGAGAAAGGCGAAGUAACGACCUCAUACCUUUUGAUUCAGCGCGCUAAGCCGGCGGAUAGCGGACAAUACACCUGCCAUCCGAGUAACGCUAAUACAAAGACCGUCUUGGUUCACGUGCUUAACGGGGAACAUCCGGCGGCGAUGCAGCACGGCGGCCAACUGAGGCUGGCCAAUCUACCGUUCGUGAUAAUCUCCACGACGCUUUUGACCAUCCUGAAUCACCCGUAUUAAGCGGGGAGCUCUCCGGUGUCGGGCAGCGGUGAAACGUCGGCCGCAGGCCAAAGCGCCGCGACCGACAUCGUCGGCGAUCGGAAAGUCAAUAAGAGCCCCGGCUACAACCUCACGCAAGUCCACGGAUAAUGGCCAGAGGAAAUCUUAUCUCGGGCCGAGGAGAGAAGCACCACGACGCGUUGAGAAAAACACGAGGACAAAAGCGAAGACAGCGCGGCGAGGGCCGAGGGAGAGAAAGGCGGAGAGGAAAUGCGACGAACGACGAUAGUGAUCGUGAGAGAGAGAGAAAGAGAGACGGAGAGGGAGAGAGAGACGCGAGGGGACAGGUGUAAAAACGACGGAAAACGAACAUUUCGGUUAGUGCUGAAGUAUUGUAAAUGCGCGAAGACUUUUAGGGCGAAGACAGGGUAGCGAAAAAAUCUGAUAUAUAUAUAUAUAUAUAUAUAUAUAUACACAUACGCAGACAGACACACAGACUAAACGCGUAUAUUCGUGAGAAUAACUGUCGACUAACUCGGAUGACUCGCACACUCGAGCAGCAGGUAUAAACGUUACAUUUUUGCUUUAUUACGGUUACGAGACAAUACGUUGUGCUUGCCAAAGGAUGUGUACGUGUUACUGUUGAUAAGAAAAUGAGUUAAGACUUUAACGAGUCCGUGUUAAAAUCUAUUGUUACGUUGCGAGAGAGAAUACCUAUGAGAAAAUAUGCAUAUAUAUAUAUAUAUAUAUAUAUAUAUAUUAUAUAUAUAUAUACAUAUAUAUAUAUAUACACACACAUACGCGCAUUUAUAUAUAUAUAUAAGAUACGAUGCGAAGCCAAAAUGAGAGCACUCGAUGAAAGAGACGCGAUCGAGCGCGCUAUCGCAUUGAAAUCGAUCGCGCGGAAGUCAUUCACGCGCGGACAAUGCCAGAUUUUUGAGAGACGACCGUCGAGGGUGUUGCUGGUAUAGAAAGGAUGGUUGUCCCCAUUGUCUCGUGCGGCGAAAACGGCGGCGCAUUCGCCUCGGACUCGUCGGGAGGAUUGAUAAUUGAAACAACGCGGACGAGAAGGGUGGAGUAUUAUUAGGCGAGACACGUCGAAUAAGAACGCUGCUACGCCGCGUUAGAGCCCGGUUCAACGGCGGGCGCAUUGCUCAUCGGACACGAGGCUUUAUAUUUCAUGUCGAACGAUUAUUUGACAGCGCGGGACCGACUCUGACCGACAACACCGGGCACCUAAGCGCGGGUGAUAAUUGCUACAUAGAAGGUAAUUAUGAUUAUAAUUUAACUUUAAUCAUUGCGCAGCUAUAAUGCACGAGAUCACAAUUAUCGGGGAAGAUAUUGUUUCGUUAUUGCCCGCGUUUCAUGUACGACCUAUUGUGCAGUGUGUACCGUGUCGAUGUCGUCAUGAAAAAAUUGCACGUUCAAGCGAACAAAAGGACGAGGACCCGCAGGUUAAUGAAACAAUUUAAGGGGAAAGACAAAGCGGCUCGAUUCAAUGUUAAACCACGCGUCCCACGGUGUCCGUUCAUUCGACGAAUUCAACCCGGACAGUCCCUUUGAGAUAUCCUCCACAUCUUCUCGUUCUCAGGAUGCGCUCGUACAAUGUUAACGUUCCGCGAGUUGAGCUUGCGACGUCCUCGCCGCGGUAUUAUUCGAGUUUACGGACGAUUCGAGUCUCUCUUUCUCUCAUUCCCCAUCCAUUUCUUCAUUCGACGAGUCCUGCUGAUAAUUUUAAUCGUCAAAUCCACGCCGCAAAUCAGACUCAUUGCGGUCAAGUGUGAUGCAAUAAAUCUGACUUGCGCGGCGUGAAAUUGAUCGACGUGUGUCGUUUGAGAUACUUUGCUCAGCCCUUCUCAUUCGCGCGCGAGGCGGGUCUCGUCCUGUAAUUUCAUGUGCAAAAUGACGUCAUUGUAUCCGACGACCAUGGACUCAUAGAGAAUUCUCCUAGACUCAUCGAUAUCUGCGUCUUUUCACGAGAAAGACAAGUCCGUGAUAGCAGCGCGGGUACGGAGAUCAAAACUGAAAUCCUAUUCGGACCAGAGAAUAUGCGAUUCGCAUUCAAAUAUGUACAUACGUACGGAGAACCGCAAGCAAACAAGCGCGUGGCGUGGCGUCGCGAAAUAAACACGCGUCAAGCCCGCGACAUUCUGUUCACGUUCAUGUAAAGAGAUAUAUAUGUCCUUCUCUCAGUUGCAACCCGAUACGUUUAUUCGUAAAUGUGCUUGAUAAUACACGGUUCACUCUCCACCUAGUUGAAUACCAAAAAGAUACCAAACGAGAUAAUUUAUAAUAUUAAUAAUAAAAGAUUUUUUUCAUA